AUGCGCGAGGCCGCCGUCGCCCUCUCCCUAUCCAAAUCUCUGGCCCUCGCCCACCCCGUCGUGUUUCUCCUCUUAGCCCCCUCUGUCGCCUCCGACCUCUCCAUCCACUCGUUCGCCCACCGCGCCUUCCUCCUCGUUGAUUCCCGCCUCGUCCCCACCUCCCUCACGAUCGUCAACGUGGGUCCUCGUUACCGGGGCCAGUACCAGUGCCACACCUUUGCCCCGGAGUCGCCAAUGCCGCGGCUGCCGCCUCCGCCGGCAAACAUCGGAGAGCAAGCAACCGAGGAGGAGAUGUAUUCCGGGAUGCUAAGGAGGUUGGAUAGGCUUGCUCAGGAGGCGGAGGAGUGCAAUAAGCGUCUGUUCCGUCAGGUCAUGGAGACGAUGCACGCACCCAUCUACUUUGAGACCUAG